AUGCCUGUUGAUCAAAGACGCAUCAAUGGUCCAGAAGUAUCUGUACCUUAUUACAUUUAUUCUAAUUUCGAUAAGAAAAGUGACAAAGUGAAACAUGAUUUUAGUAAAAGAAGUGACAAACGAACCGACAUUUUAAAAACAAGUAUCGUUAGCCAAGCAAAGGGCUCUGCAUUCAUAGAAAUGGGAAAUACAAAAGUAGUUUGUUCGGUGUUUGAUCCUAGAGAGUUAUCAAACAAGAAUGGUUAUUGCACGCAAGGAGAAAUUUAUUGUGAAUUUAAGUUUGCCCCAUUUUCUUGUCAAAAACGGAAAAUUCAUCAGCAAAACGCUGAAGAAAAACAGUAUAGUUUGAUUUUACAGAGGGCAUUAGAAGCAGCUGUUUGUUUGCAUGAAUUUCCCAAUUUUCAAGUGGAUGUAUAUGUAAUGGUCUUAGAUAAUGCUGGUUCUUCAUUAGCUGCUGCAAUUAUGGCUGCUAGUACUGCUUUGGCUAAUGCGGGUGUCCCUAUGUUUGGUUUAGUUACAGCUUCAACUGUAGGCAUAUACGGUAAUCAUUACUUAAUGGAUCCUACGGAUACAGAAGAAGCAAUAUGUAAUACACAACCAGAUAACGAAGAUGAUUUUAAUUAUGGGAUAAUUACACUGGCUAGUCUUCCGCAACAUAAUCAAAUAUCUGAAGUAUUUUUAAUUGGUAGUAUCGACACAAAUACUAUUAAACAAGCAACAGAAAUGUUGACAGCAGCUAACAAAGAUAUUUGUCCUGUACUUCAGCAAUGUUUAGUAAAAACUAUCAUGAAACUAUAUAAUGAAAAAAAAACCACUUUUCCCGAAACAAAUAUGAGUAAAACUAUUCUAGGUUUAACCAUACGAUAUAUCAAUCCAGGAAAGAGUUCUGGUUCAUAUGAAGAGAACUGCCCAUGUGUAAGUACUAAUCCUUCCAAUCUAAUUGGAAAUUUCACAUCACAGCUGCCUACCAUAUUUUGUAUUUUGAAGUCGAGAAAUUUUGCCUUUAUUCAAAAUAAAUUAAAUUGAUAAUAUUCAAAUAAAAAUAAACGUAAUAUAUAUACAUAUUAGAAAAUGUUUACUAACGGGAAAGCCAAGUUUUUGAAUAAUCCUGGCAUACUUUCUUGCAGCCAAUCGAGAAUCUUCUUCGCUUUUUGCUCCGGUGCAAACCAUUUUUCCACUACUGAAUAUUAAAGCAGUAGUUCUAGGUUCCCUUAUCCUCAUGAUAACUGCAGCAAAUCUUUUUGGAUUAUAUUCCGCAUUCCUGGCAUGAAGAGCUAUUUUCUUUAAAUCUAACUUACAGUUUAAGUUAACUGUAGAAACAAUAUUCCUGUAACAUGAAUAGAAUAUAUAUAUUUUUCAUUAUAAAUUAAUUUUUUCACUUACUGAAGUUGCGGUAAUAUUCCUGGAUCUGCAGAAGCUGGUGUCAUAGGUGUCAUAGGACCAGGAGUAGAUGGUCCUAUGGAUGGAGGAGCUAUAUGA